GUUCCGUUUCCAGGUCAAACACUUUUCCGGUUGACGGUGUUGACUUGAGUGUUUAUAACUCGGGCCUGCGUCCUAUCACAUCCUAACUAAACUAUUUUUAUUUUUUACAGCGGCGCCCUUUUCCGGCUGAAAUGUUCAGAUGUUGAAGUAAAAGACGGCGGAUGGCAGGUGUGGAUGCCAGCUGAGCGCAUCCUCUGGACCUGCACGAGCACUUUGUAGUCCACAAUGUCCAGUCACUUCCGCAGUUACAUCUGGGACCCCAUCCUGAUCGUGAGUCAGAUAGUGUUGAUGCAGUGCAUCUUCUACAGCUUCCUGGGCCUGUGGUUGGCGGGGGUGGACAGUCUGGUGCAAACCCACCGCUCACUGGACCAGAUCUUCAGCUUCGAAAUGCUGGGGUUUGCAACCAUGCAGGGCAGGCUGUCAAUGAUGGCCUACGUUUUGAACUCGCUCACCUGCGCUCUGGGCCUGUGGUUCUUCAUCCGGCGAGGGAAACAGUGCCUGGACUUCACCGCCACCGUGCACUUCUUCCACUUAAUGGGCUGCUGGAUGUAUAAUUCUCAGUUUCCCUCCUCGCUGUCCUGGUGGUUGGUCAACGUGGCCUGCAUGGCCCUGAUGGCGGUGACCGGGGAGUACUUGUGCAUGCGGACUGAGCUCAGGGCCAUACCGGUCAACUCUGGGCCCAAGUCUAAUCUUUGAAUUCUAUAUAUUUUGAGAUGAACUUGUAACUGUGGAGGAAGGCUUUUUUUCCUAGUCCUCUGUGGAAAGAAGGCCAACACGGCACAUGUAUCGGACUGGAUUGGUGCAGCAGCCUAUUUAUUACCAACUGCCUAUUCAAACAUGGACAGUUUUAUCUUUGCAGCAUAUUAAGACACUCUUAAGUUUUCUUCUCUCAACUUGAUGUGAACUGAUACAUUUUUAUUUUAUUUAGUUGUUUUUUUGUACCUCUGGAUUCAGUACAGUGGUCUGUAUGAGCCCCAUUAAGGUUUAAGAUAUAUCCUUUCUGUUUAAACUCAUUAGUUAAAUGUUGUCUAGCUGCAAACUUCAGUUACAAUAUAUGUAUUGUACUAAAUUGUACUUUUAAUGCUAAGUUAUACUUGAGUACAAAGUUAUACAUUAGUACAAGGGUGUCUGCAUGUUACUAAUUUGCUGCCAUCUUGUGGACAAUGUGAGGACAUCAGCCUAAUGACCCUUGGAAUGUACUCAGACAUCAUUUCUUAGCAUUACAUGACACAAUCCAAACAACCUUCCCUAAUCAAGGUCCACGCACGGUCACACAUAACACAACCUGCUCACUGAACUUUAUGGAUAUUAUGAAAAAAGGUUUGAACAUUAAACAAACAAAUAAAUACACCCAUCAGAGUGCAUGAUGGGGAAAAUGUAAAA